AUGAUCAUUCGCAGCUCAUUGGGCUUCGUUUGCCUCGUUGGUGUAGCUUUUGGCCAUUCUGGCCACUCGCAUGUGGUCCACAAGCAGGCCAUGGCGGUGGAUGCCGAGGGAGAUUUGACUUCUGGGCCUAGGCUGAUGCGAGCUGAAGACCUCGCAUCCAGCCUAGAGAUCCAAGAGCAAGGUCAGGCACAGCACACGCAGCAGGCAGAGACGCUCGAGGAGGCGCUUCCCAUCUCAGCCUCAGACAUUGCGUACAGAGCAUGGGCCUCAAAAUUUGAACCAGUCACAGUCAGCAGCCAUGCACGUCGCUAUGCUCACGAUGCUCACAAGGCCAUGGACCUGCUCAUGGGCACCACCGGCAUGGCUGAAGAGGAUUUGGUUUGUGAUACGCCUUUGACUACCCUUUCGCCAGCUCCCAAGCAUGCCAUGGAGAACAGCUCACCUCUGCAACUGGGUGUGGAUGCAAGUGCAAGCGAUGCAGACAUCCGGAAGGCCUACAAGAAGAAGGCGUUGCUGCUACACCCCGACAAGGGUGGAGGGAAUGAUGCCGAGGAGGCCUUCAAACGCCUUUCUGAAGCACAUGCCAUCCUGAGUGAAGCCGAUUCAAGGUGGAGAUACGACCUGGGCGCCAACGCUCAGAACGCCAACCACCACGGGCUCACCGGAGAGGAGCGCAGGCGGUGGAACAAAGAGAGGGCAGCUGCUCAUGCAGCUUUGAAUGCCGAGACUCGCAAGAUAACCAACCAGGGCAACGUACCCGGAUCCCACAAGACGAAGUCCAAGGAGAAGUUCGCACAGCAUCGGCAGGACGUGAAGGAAUUCCUGCUGAAGAAGGUUUCCCCAAUUGUCCAUUUGGCGUGGAGAAGCCGGGGGGCCUCAGGGAGAGCGUGUGACAGCGCCGACGGGAUGUAG